CCAAGUCAUAUGAUAUUUAACUUCAACGAGGGGGCCAUUGUUUGGGCCCAAAACAAGCAUAAAGUACAGCCCAAUAUAAGAGCUUUUAAAUAUACUGGCCCCAUCAUAAGCUAUAAAAGACCCACCCUUUCAACUUCAAACCACUUCAUUUCCCUCUGAUUCGAACUCCCCAGACUGUACUCCUUCUUCUCAACCAUUGCCGUUCAAAACCAGAGCACCACAAAACCCUAAGCCAUGGCACCGAAAAAAUCUCAACCAUCUCCAUCUGAGGAGAACAAUGAAGACCUACUCCGCUUCCCGGACCCUAUCAGAGCACUUAUCGCUCCUCUAAAAUUUGCUGCAACCCUAUUGCCCAGCCCAAGCUCUGUCGCUAAGGCUACUCUAGGCCCUACCUUCGCGUCUUACUUCCCAGACGAGCUAGCUCCAUACUAUCCCCUUGGUAAUGGUGAGAACCUUCUUCUCAACCAAGCUGGACUCAAGUGGACUAACUGGAAUGUCAGCAAAAACCCACUCAGAGGGUGGAGGUCACCAGACUCUGAUUGGCGAAGCUGGGCCAGGAGAAUUGAAGGUCACGACGCUGAAGUAUGGAAGCACCAGGGCAUUGGUGAAGCAAUUAGACUGUCGACUAAAAUUUAUGACGUGGACAAAGGGCUGAUUGCUGCUGCUGCUGCUGCUGCUGCAUGCUUUUGGUUGCAGUCUAGUAACUCCCUACUCUUCAAUUUUGGUAUGAUUUCCCCUACCAUCUUAGAUGUAGCUCACUUGACUGGUCUCCCAAUUUUGGGCAAUCCAAUUCAUGCUCUCCUUGAGCCUCCAAAAGUGACAUUUACUUUAAACACUAACAUAUGCUAUACAGAUUUUGCCAAAAAUUACCAAGGCAAGCCUGGUUCCCCUGUUGAUGACAAAGAAAGAACUGCUUUUUACUUACUUUGGCUUUGUGAGUUUCUUUUUUGUGUCCCUGGGUACAAGAUCACGAAAGAAUACCUCCCCCUUGCCUUGUGUAUGCAAGAUGGCCAACUUAUGGCUUUAGCCCCUUAUCUUCUUGCCACGCUUUACAAGGCCCUCUUUUCCUUUGUCGACAAGAAGAUUUCUGGCAACUGUGGUGGCCCCUUCUGGCUCUUCCAGGCCUGGUUAUAUGCCUAUUUUCCUGAGGCACGACCCCCACCACCUAACACCUUGAAACCUGUUUGCUACUCCUAUGCUGAGCAACUGCUCACUUAUAACAGCCAAUCCAUCCUCACUUUCAGAAAUCAUCUUACCAUGUUUUACAACCUUCCUUCACAGAGACCUUCCAACCUGUACAUGCCAUUUCAAAAUUUUGAAUUCUCCUCCAGUAGACUUCGCUUCCUCUUCACAGACCCUUCUAAUUUACACAAUGAGCAAGUCCAAGAACAAAAUGAGAGUUGGAGACACAUUCUCACCUCUAGACAUGUCUUGGUUGGCUGUUCCAUAUCCUCCGCCAAGCUAUCCAGCUGCAGUUUUGAGACAUACUGUCUCAAUCAAUGAUCCAGGCAAUUUGGUCUUUCCCAGGCUAUCCCUUAUCCUUAUUUCCACCCAACCAUCCAUGAAAAGAUUGGGUCCAUAAUCCACUUCAAAGAUCCUACACAAGCUGAAUCCAUUCUGAUAGAGAACACCAACUUUUCCAAGAUUUUGGCCCCUUUUUCUUCAAACCUGCUUCGGACUGCUCGGCUGCUUUUGACCAUUGGUGGGGACUUAUGUCUGCCAUUAUUUUCUGCAAGCCACUUGAAAGCUGCCUUAACGAUACUUGUAUUCAUAUUCAGGGCCGCAUAUCCUCGCCUUCCAAGCUUAAGGCUACAGCCAAAAUUGGGCCUGCUGCUGAACCAUUGGUUAGGGACCAACGUAAAGGCAAGGAUCCAAUGGAUGCAACUACUCAGACAAACACCUCCUCAGUUUCGAAAUUAAUGGCAGACUCUUUCGCAGCCGCGCAGACACAAGCACCGAGAGGAACUACCACCUGUACCCCUGCCGAGACAGAGGUCAUGGCGAAGAAUAGAGAAGAGCCUUCCACUGCUCCUGCUCUAAGCACAGACCUAAGUGAGUGGGAUAUCCCUCUCAGCCAAA